AUGCCGAGGAGGCUCGAGUGUCUCACUCAAUUGACCCUCCUCCUCCUGCCCCGUGGCUUCAUGCGGGUGGACAACAGGGGGGCCUCGUCGCAGGCCGGUCCUCUGUCACCUCCUGACGUUCAGUCGAAGUUCUUCAUGGGGAGAAGAAUCUACGGGAGGAGCGGAGGGCCUGGCGAAGCGGCAGGACGAUCAGGAGGAGGAGGAGGAGGAGGAGGAGCCGAAGGAAGGAUGUCAGGAGUUUGUUCGCCUGCUGUGACGGGAGGGAUAGGAGAAGUCGUCGAGGCUGGAGGAGCGGCGGCCGGAGGAGAGACCGCCGGAGCACCAGCAGGAGGAGGAGCAGGAGGGCACGAGCAAGAGUCCGAGCUAGACCGCAAGAUCGUCAGGGCGCUGCAGGACUUCCUGAGGGGGAGGGAGUGGGUGGACAUCACCACCCCCAGGCAGAUCAACGAGGCCUGCUCCGCCAUCGUCAAGGGCUCGGGCGUCUCCCUGCAGAAGCUCAACAAGAAGCUCAAGAAGGGCAGCUGGAGGGAGAAGCUAACGAACUUCAUCUCCCGCUUCCCCUCCACCUUCGCCCUCGACACCUUCGAGAACAACUUCUGCGUCCGCCUGCGGCACGAUGAGACCGAGGCUCCCGCCCCACCUGCUGCCCAGCACAACCCCCAGCUCGCCUCCCCCCAGCUGUUCGCGGGGGGUUACGGGCAGCUGGGAAGGCACCCCCCUUCCGGCUCCCCGAUGGUGGCGCAAGGAGGGGUGAAGACGCCGGAGGAGCAGGUGAUCGAGCUGAUCAAGGCGCUUCUGCGUCACCUCAAGAGCUCGGAGGGGAAGGACUGGGUGGACAUCACCAACAUGCCAAAGGCAGCUCACAUGAUGCAGCGCAAGCCCUCCGUGGUCGGGGUCUGGGGCAGCCGCGACGUUGGGCCCGAGGAAUGGCAGCGGCUGAUGGCAGAGAUAAGAACCAAGCACGGCAAGCUCGCCAACUUCCUCUCGAAGCACCCGGAGAUCUUUGAGCUUCGCAACCGGCCGGGAGGAAAGGACAUCCGGCUCGUGGCAGAGCAGGAGGCAUCUUUUCUCUCCUCGUCUCUGCACGCGACAGCAGCAGCAGUGGGGCAGGCGGAAGCAAGCGGAAAGACGCUUCCUGCUGCAGCACAAGAAGCGACAGAUCAGCUAACUCUUGAGCACGGCGUGGCACCUUUACGAGGACGGGCAAGCCGUUCCAGUGGAGGGCGAGGAGUUGAAGCAAAGUCCUCCUCCUCCUCCUCCUCCUGGAUCCGGUUCUGCGACAACUGCGGCAAGCAGGGAUGCAGACACACUAGCGCCGUCUGCAGUCUUCCUCCCCAAUGCCAUGUAUGCGGUUCUGUUCGACACUCUAAGAAGGAUUGUCCCAAGAGGACUGAGAGGUGCAGCCUGUGUGGAAGAGUGGGACAUCUCAAGGUCAAGUGUCGCACGGGCGUCACUGCCAUGCGAAGCUCGCAGGAGAGCCACCAGAUGGCGUGGGGGGCAUGGGACGAAGCAGCUCUUCCUCCCGAGACUGAGAAGCUUCCUCCUCCUCCUGCCGCUCAAGUCUCUCUCCUUCCUUCGUCUCCCUUCCUCUCUCGUUUCGUACCCGAGCACGCCGCAGCGGCUGUAUCCUCCUCCUCGGAGCAUCAGUCCCAGCAAGGCUCGUGCUGGGUCCUGCUGGAGACUCGAAUGACCCUCUCAACUGCCUGUGAAUGGAUCAGACAGCAUGCGGUCACUUCCUCAUGGCGUGUCAAGGGGGUCUUCUCCUCCCGAGAUGCCGCAAUCCAGAGUCCAGUGGGUCUCCCAGUUUGGUACCUCAAGGAUUUCCUCACUGCCAAUGUUCACUUCUCGACGGACUUGCCAGGCAUGACGGCGUUUGGGGGAGUCCAGGCGGGCAGCGGAGAGUUCCUGUGGGCAGCCAAGCAGCGUUCUCCUCCUCCUCCUCCUGUCCUCUCUCCUCCUCCUCCCUCUCCUCCCUCUUCUCCCAUCCUCUAUGUCGAGUUCACCGUACAGAAGAGCGUCCUUGUGCCGGACCCUCACUGA